AUGUCUACCAAACUUUUUGUCGGAGGCCUUGCUUGGCACACAACUGACGAUGCAUUGAGGUCUGCAUUCGGGGAAUACGGCACUAUUGAAGAAUGUAUGGUGGUUAAAGACCGAGAAACACAGCGAAGCAGGGGGUUUGGCUUCGUUAGAUAUUCCAGCGCAGAAGAAGCACAGGCAGCAAUUGAUGGGCUUAAUAACCAGGAGUAA